CACGUCAGCUUACGUCUCCAAAUUUCUGCUUAGCGAACCUGCUUCAAAGAGGCAAGAGGCACGGCGCUUCAGAGCCAUGUUCAGGGCGGUUAUAGACGAAUCAAAGCCCAACAUAGAGUUAUAGUAGAGGGUGAACUACGAUGAUGGAUUUUGACGAAAGGGUCCCCGUCGGAUCGAACAUGUAUUUACCCAGUUGCACUUAUUACGUCUCGGCGGGGGCUGAUUUCUCCGGUCUUCCCUCGUUUUUAUCCCAGACCCCGUCCACCCGCCCCAUGACAUACUCCUACUCCUCUAACCUGCCGCAGGUCCAACCCGUCAGAGAGGUGACGUUCAGGGACUAUGCAGCCAUUGACGCGUCCGGUAAAUGGCCGCACCGGGGGAACUUGCCCCAGUGUUACCCCAGCGCAGAGGACAUGGUGCACCGGGACUGUCUGUCGGCGCAAACGGCUGUGGUAGGGGACAUGUUCGGUAAAAACAGUCCAGCAGCCGCCGCCGCCGCUUAUCACCACCACCACCACCACCACACAAGCGCCGGCUCCGCUGCCUCCAAUUUCUACGGGAACGUGGGCAGGAAUGGCGUGCUGCCACAAGCCUUCGACCAGUUUUACGAGACGGCGUACGGGAACGCGUCGGAGAGCUCCUCCGCGAACGGCUACUCAGGGGACAAAACGGCGAACAAGCAGCCCAGCUCCGCGCCGGAGGACGCAGCGUCGUGCCGUGACACCGAGGCGAAGGAUCCGCGGGAUGAGACGAGCAGCCCGGAGUUAUCUUCCGGCAACAAUGAGGAGAAAUCCAGCAGCAGCAGUGGACAGAGGACCCGCAAGAAAAGGUGCCCUUAUUCUAAAUACCAGAUCAGAGAACUUGAAAGGGAAUUCUUUUUCAGUGUGUAUAUUAACAAAGAGAAGCGCCUGCAACUGUCUCGGAUGCUCAACCUCACCGACCGACAAGUGAAGAUUUGGUUUCAGAAUCGUCGCAUGAAGGAGAAGAAACUGAACAGAGAUAGAUUACAAUAUUAUACAUCUAAUCCUCUGCUUUAGGGUUCACCCCAGCUCCUCCAGUCCUGUGCUGUGGGGCUGACUGCGUUUACAGACUGAUUCUCCGGCUGUGACUCUCCAGUGUACAUUGUGUACCACAGUGGCCGAGACAGUGCAACAACAUUGCUCAGUGGUUAAUUUCAAGUUCGAGGACAUCAGUAUCCUGUGAUCUGAAUCAACUGAAGAGUGAGCAUGAAUUAAGACAGUUUGUGGACUUAAAUUUCGCUCUUCAAACUGUUUGGAAAAUGUAGAAAUGGAUUUUGUCCUCGCCAAGACUGUGCUUGCGGAGGCCUGUGUUAAUAUUAUUGUGAUUCACAGACGCCUUGUUUUAUUUUGUUUUCACGCGGACAGAAUCAGCAGUCAUUAAGUGACUGAACCAGUGUAUUUUGUAAUCAAAAGAUUAUUCUCAUUUUUCUGUUUGAAAAUCGGAAAAGUGAUUAAAAAUGUGGUGAAUUUAAGAUGAUGGAAAAUAUGUGACAAAACUAAAUCUAUACGAACUUUGGUGUGACCAAAUAAUGAGUCCGAAAGGAUGAGAAUGUAACGUGUUUCUGUUGUGUGUGCUUAUUUAUUUUGUAGCCACUCGUUUCUCUCCUUUGAUGCCACGGCUAACCAAGUCGAAGUCCAUGAUUACAGACAGGCCAAUGGAAUUCCAUGUUCAGUCUGAGUUGACCUCAAAAGGAGUUUUGCGUGUAAUACCCAAUUCAUGUUGUCGUUUUGAUUUUUUUAAAAAGACUAUCACAAGAAUAUUGAUAAUGCAGGCCAAACCAGAGAGAUAAGCUUGUCCACUGGAUCCGUGUGGAGUUGCACUGAGGUACAUGCCCA